GUGCGCUGCACUCCAUGCUGGGCGCCAUGGACAAGAGAGUGUCCGAGGAGGGCAUGAAGGUUUCCUGCACCCAUUUCCAGUGCGCCGCUGGGGCGUUCACGUACCUGCGGGAUCAUUUCCCCCACUCCUACAGCGUAGACAUGAGCCAUCAGAUCCUCAACCUCAACAUCAACCUCAUGCUGGGCCAGGCGCAGGAGUGUCUCCUGGAGAAGUCCAUGCUGGACAACAGGAAGAGUUUCCUCGUGGCCCGCAUCAGUGCCCAGGUGGUGGAUUACUACAAAGAAGCCUGCCGGGCGCUGGAAAACUCGGAGACGGCUUCGCUGCUGGGAAAGAUCCAGAAGGACUGGAAGAAGCUGGUUCAAAUGAAGAUCUACUAUUUCGCUGCUGUGGCCCAUCUGCACAUGGGAAAACAGGCCGAGGAGCAGCAGAAGUUUGGGGAAAGGGUCAUCUACUUCCAGAGCGCUCUGGAUAAACUCAACGAAGCUAUCAAGCUGGCAAAGGGCCAGCCAGAAACAGUCCAGGAAGCCCUGAGAUUCACCAUGGAUGUGAUCGGUGGCAAGUACAAUUCGGCCAAAAAGGACAAUGACUUCAUCUACCACGAAGCUGUGCCUGCGCUGGACACCCUGCAGUCUGUGAAAGGUGCCCCGUUGGUGAAAGCCCUCCCGGUCAACCCCACGGAUCCAGCUGUCACCGGCCCUGAUAUAUUUGCCAAGCUGGUGCCCAUGGCUGCCCACGAGGCCUCUUCCCUGUACAACGAGGAGAAGGCCAAACUGCUGAGAGACGUGAUGGCGAAGAUCGAAGCCAAGAAUGAAGUGCUGGAGUACGUGCGAGCC